UCAUAGAGUGAGUUCAAGUUCUCUAUCUAGUUCCAUAUCAUCCGUCUACUUCUCAUCGGCUUUCGUGGCACCGAGCUCCUCCUCAUUGCGCGAGAUUGCUGUUGCACCGGGUUUCAUUUCGCUUCAAAAAGGGACAAGAUUGCAACUACCAUGGCGGCUCAGGUCACACCAAAGAUCGCUACUAGCAUUAACUCGAAAGGGUCUAACCAGAAAAAAAAUCCAGCACAUCACGAUAUGUCUGAACAAUCUAAAGUCAAUGAAUCAACGCUACCACUAUCCGAAGAUCCGAGGACACUGCAAUUGGCAUUGGAACUAUCAUUGGUCGGAUUUAACGACAAUCAAAAUUGCUAUGCGCAGCCUGCUCAACCGCUACCAAUGCCCCUAAGUGCAAGAAGUGACUUUGAAAUAGGGACCAUCAACAGCACGCUACCAAUUCCAUCGUCAACGAACUGUCUUCUGUUACCGAAUGCCGGCGCCGUCAGUUCAGAAGAUCGAUCUAAGAAGUCGCAAAAUAUGACCGAAUGUGUUCCAGUCCCCAGUUCUGAACAUGUAGCGGAAAUAGUGGGCAGGCAGGGGUGCAAAAUUAAAGCUUUGAGAGCCAAAACCAACACUUACAUCAAGACACCAGUUCGAGGAGAGGAGCCUGUGUUCGUUGUGACUGGUCGUAAGGAAGAUGUAAACAAGGCUAAACGUGAAAUACUCUCCGCUGCCGACCACUUUAGCUUAAUUCGCGCAUCACGUAAGCCUGUAAGUGAUAGUCAGAACAAUGGAAUGGUAGGAAGUGCGAAUAGCUCCGGUGGUGGUGCAGUUCCCCGCAUGUCAGGUCCCCCUUGUAUGCCUGGACAGGUUACCAUACAGGUACGUGUACCCUAUCGGGUAGUUGGACUCGUUGUUGGGCCAAAAGGUGCUACGAUCAAACAUAUUCAACAAGAGACGCAAACUUACAUUGUGACACCAUCGCGAGAAAAGGAACCAAUUUUUGAAGUGACAGGCUUGCCAGACAACGUUGAUACUGCACGAAAGCAAAUAGAAGCUCAUAUUGCCCUUAGAACUGGGAGCGGAUCUGGAAGUGGUGAUGCUAUUACUAUGCAAAUUAGUGAUUCGGUUGAGACUAAAGAAUACGCGUCACUGCCUUCAUUAACUCAAAUUUUAAAUGAUGAUUUAAAUUCGGAAAUUCUAUCGUCCAUAUACAAAAAUUCCCUUGCGUCUACGCAGGAGUAUACAAAUAAUUCAAUGAAGACGGUUGUAAACGUAAGCAAUUCAGUGAAACUUGUGCAAGGACAUCAUACUGGGAACUGUUUUCAAAAAUCAGAGUUUGCUGAGAUGGAAAUGGCAGCAAAUAUAACAGCAACAGAUAUAUUAGACAAACGUCUUCCUGGAAAUGAAGUUUCGGUGCCUUUGGCCAAAGCUAAUGCUGCUAAUAUUGUUUUUCGCACUACGUCUAGUAAAACAUUGUCUUUCUGUCCUCCCACAUCUACAUCGGCAUCGUUUCAUUCCAACUGUAAUGCAAAUAUUUUAACAAGAUCUUGUUCAUCUGCUUCUUCUACCACUUCUACAAAGAGUACCAACAAUAGCGCCAAUACACCUCCAGAAAUAUUAAAUAUAUGGAAAAGUAUUAGUGAUUCAAUUGACGUUGACGAGGGUAUAGGGGACUCUCCUAGUAUUUGGAACCAACCGGCAAAUAUCAUACCCACAGCUCACUGCUCGCCCACAAUAUCAAUUAGUCCUACCGACUCACUUUUAGGUAUGGGUGAACAUUCUGCAAACCAACAAAAUCUGAAACAUGCUAAAGAGCCCACUAUGUCUAAUAUCCCCCAGAAGAUAAAAGCCAUUCAAGUGCAAUCUAACGCAGAAAAUUUUUUAGUUCAUCGGGAAUGCUAUGUAUGUAAUGAAAAUACUGUUACCACAGCUUUGGUUCCUUGUGGUCACAAUAUGUUUUGUAUGGAGUGCGCUAAUCACAUCUGUCUUUCUAUGGAUGCAGUUUGUCCGGUUUGUAAUUCUAUUGUUUACCAUGCAAUGCGGAUUUUAGGAUAAUUUGAAUUUUCUGUAUUUAAUAUUUGUCAGUUUUUAGUUGGUCGGUUACACAUCUAGUCGUGGCUUCCGUGAAGUCUAUUAACAUUAGUUGAACAUUCAGGGAUUAAAGGGAUUCCUUAAUUUAAAAUUAACUGCUGUCUAUAAUAAACCAAUUCCAGGAAUAUUUUUAAAUUUUCUGGGGACAAGACACAAAUUUAAUAUUAUAAUUUUUUUAAACGUGAUGUCAACUUUAUAUAACGUUUGGCGAUUCUCUGUUGCAAAUAUUUUAAAUAGCAUUUUACAAGUCUUUGACAAUUUUUAAAACUUUAAGUUCAAAUAAUGAAUAUUGUGCAGAAAUAAUUUUUAAUAAUACUGCCAGUUGUUGCGGUUUUAUUAAGUGAAUAUUCUCAUACUGAUUUUAUAAACAUAAUAUCAAUUUCUAAAAAAUCGUAUUGCUUAUCAGUACUCCAAAUAUUGAAUAUUAUAGUUAUUUUUUCUUAAAUCAAUCCAUAUUCAAACAAAAAGUGAGUUUUGGCUAGUGGUCCGUUUUGAUUUUCCAAAAAAUCUCUAGCACUUCGGUUCGGUUCAGCCAUAAUAGGAAUACCCCUUUAAACCAUUUUAAAAAGUUUACGAAGUUAUAUUCAACAGCUUUCAUCUAAUACAGUUUUCAACGAAAAGUAUAACUAUAUUCUUUCUUUCUACAGAGAGUGUGACAUUUUAUUUUGAAGUUUGCGCUGUCUUACAGAAAUCUUCAUCCCAUGGAACAGCUCAAAAAGAAACUUUUGGAAAUGAGCGAAUAAAAAAGUUUUGUUGUUAUACCCCGUUACUAGUAGAAGGAUUAGUAUAC